CCUCCACGAAUCAUCUGGUGUUGGGGGAAAACUGUGAUUUAAUUCAGUUGUGCCAAUGGUUUUUCUGGUGACUAUUCAAAAAUAACUAGAAUUCAAGGCGAAACUAACCUUGACUGAAGAGAGACAGACGGAUUUUAAAAAACGCCAACGGACCCUGCCUGCCGACUAGUCAGGGGUCGUCGUCCCGAGCAACUCUCGACUUUUCAGUAAAACUAAUCUAUCACAAGCGUAAAUGAAUUCUAGUUGAUGAAUGCUGUACAUUACUAGCCAAAUUAUCUGCACAGACUCCAGUAUUAGUUGAUAUUUAUUCGAAAUUGUGAUAAGUGGUGAUUUCGUGAGUGGUGGAGGUGAGAAUGGAGCGAAUGCAGUUGACACCCUGUAAGACCGUGGAGGAGCAUGCACCCGCGUCCCCCAGGAGUCCCCACAAGACCCCCAGCAGACAGGAUGUUGGAAAGGACAGGCACACCACGUACCACGCGACAGCCACAGGCUUUACCCUCAUCCCCAACCACAUGACUCCACCCUCGGGGAUCACCAGGUUCAUGGCCAGGAAUCCCUUCGAUGCAGAUCUCACGAAUCGCUUGCAUCUGUCCGUCAUCAGUCCGACGAUAUUCAGCAAGGUUUCCCCCAAGAUGCAAGGCUCCCCAGCAUUCGCCUGGACCAUUGACGAGCUGGCAAUCAUGACCCCAGCAAUGAUCGAUGAAUUCCCUGUGCAGCAGAACCACUGCACAGAUCCUGAGGUGGAAAUCCACGCGCAAAAAGCCAUCGACAAGUUCUUCAGUGAACCACAAAUACACCCGAGCCCCUGGAAUUUGAGGAAGGAGACUCAACCCCUAAUGGUGAUGACUCCAACGACUAGACCAGUGGAGGCCUUGGGUACCAGUAGAGUAUCUCCAAUCGGCAUGAAAGACUGCGCAACCCAGACAGUAUUAACCCUCCCCCCAGUUCUCCCCAAGGACCUCGAAGAGGCCCUGAAGCCCUACUUCACCUUCACCCAAGACCAAAGCACACCUCCCGAUACCGACGACGCAAACUCCAGCAACAACUCCCUCCGUCGAAAGCUCUUCUUCACCCACGACGAGUCCAGCGAGGACGAGGACGACGGACCCUUCGUCCUCUCCCCCCUGAAGAGCACCUCGAGCCCACCCCAGAGUGGAAUGUUCGUGCAUGGGACCCCCCUCCGAGGACGUCCCUACAGCAUGCAGCGAAACCACGGCACCCCCUACACAAACUCCAAGAAUCUCUCCCCCCUGAACAUGUCUCCAAUCUGCAAUCCCACGCUGGACAUGUCAUGCCAGAGUAUUCAGUCUCGACGUCGUUCUGUGGCUCGUCUGGACUUCACGACAUUCAUGAGUAUAGAUGUCUCUUCAUCCGAGGAGAAGGACGCCCAGCAGACCCCGACGUCAACCCACCCAGAGACCAUCUUCGAGGAGAGCCUGGAGUCGAAGAGGCCAGAGGAUCAGGUCAACAAAAACGACACGAUUGAGAUGGUGUCACUCCUCCAGGAGUCGACCCCCUUCAACCCAGCGAUUCCCAUCACGAUCGAAGUGAGUAAGAUCGACAGAGUGAAAGAGACUGUCGACUGGUACAGGAACACCUCCAGCGAGAGCCUCGGUGGACAGAAGCAUGGGAACACUCUCAUAAGGUCUAAUUACUCGGAGCAGAGCAGUGCCUUCAACUUUGCUCAGGACACUGGGUAUCAGACCUACAGCAUGAAUAACACCUCUGACAAUCGCAGUAUUACUCCGUUGAAAAAACAAAACAAUUGGAGUGAGAGGAUCACUGCUAUCAGCGAGAUUGAUGAGGUGAAGUCCACCAAUUGGCAGGAGAACAUUGAGAAUAUGUACAGUUCUACUCCCUCAAAGUACGGUCGACAGAGAAAUAAUUGAGGGGAGGGAAAUAUAAUUGCUCAAAUAGUUGUGUGUGUGGGGAUUUUUGAAGAAAGUGAAGUGGUAAAACGUUACGGAAUGGAAUAAAUUGAUUAUCUUGAGAAUGAAUGGGUUCAAGAGUGAAUGUUGAAGAACAUUCAGCUAUACAAUGAUCUUUGACAUUUUCUCUUGAAGUGGUUCCCUCGACGAAUCCCAUCUUUGAUGAAUAGACCAUCUUCGAAAUAAUUGAGGAGAGGGGAACAUAAUUGCUCAAAUACCUGUGUGUGAGGGGAAUUUUGAAGAGAGUGAAGUGGUAAACAAUGUCUUCAUAUCUUAUGAAAUGUCGAAUUAUUCUGAGAAUGAAUGAUUUUAGAGAAAAAUGCCAGAAGACAUUUUUUGUUGGAAACUUUGUUAGCAUAAAAAUACCUUUUUAGAUUUUUUCUUGGAAUCACGCAUUACCGACAUAAUUGAACAAUUAAUCAAUGACAAAAAGGGUCGUGGAAAUAUUCCAUCGUCAAUCAAUUUAUAAAUAAGGAAUUAUCUCAAGAAUUAAUGAUUUCCGGGAAAAAUGUCAAAAAGUGGCUUUUGAUUAUCUUUGAAUUUUAUUUUCCCCUGAAAUAAUUUCGUGCAAAUGUCGGGAUUGAGUCAGUACGAUUCACCAGUAGAUGAAUGAACACCGAAUGAUAACACGAGAAAAUGUGUAAAGAUUAUUUUGGGGUGAAUAAUAUGUGCAAUUCUGUGAGAUUGACGAGAAGAAAUGGUUGGCCGUACUGCUAUGAUUUUAGUCAUUAUUAUUACUCUAUUCUGAUGGAGCCAACGAGGAGGAAAUUGUGAUAUUCAGCCCCAUGCGAAGAUACGAAUGACAUCACUUAUUUUACGAGUUAAAUACGAGCACAAUUAACAUCCUGAAUGAUUUCACUUUCAUAUGUGCUGGACUGAUGAAAUAAUAAAAAUUUUCAUAGAUACUUCGGCGAAUUUAGGUAGUACUGAAGAGACUGCUACAUAAUGUUAUUUUUCUAUUCGGCAGUGGCGGUAACGAGUGAAUUGAAGAAUACGUUUUUAUGCCUUUUAUACUCUUUUUUAUAGUGACAUGCGAAUAAAUAGAAUGAAAAUAUUGAAUUCUUUCUUCUGUGGUUGUAAUUAUAGACCUGUUGUUAAAAUUG